AUGGUCACGAAUGAGAUUUUUCCCCCUUGGGUUUUGGCAUAUAACGGUGAAGUUCCACCAAAUGCUGUUCCGGGUGGACACGAGGCCAAUGGUCAAACACUCUAUGUUGCACGGUUUAUCACAAAAGAAGGUCAACUAGCACCGGGUAAACUUGCUCUACAGUAUAGACAAGCUUAUGCUAGUUAUGGUGGCCGAGAAGAAUCUUCCAACGUCUAUCAAGUUCUGACUCAUCCUAAUCAACAGGAAUUAAAAUGGGUUCAUACUAGUGGAAAUAAUCUACCGACAGGAGCAUUACAAGCUGGAGGUGAUUAUAGAAGUCCUUUAUUUAUCGGUCGAGCCCCAUUUAAAGGUGGUUUAUGUUGCGGAAAAUUUGAACCAAGUCAUGGUUGUGUUUAUAUCCCAUGGGGUGAUCAAGAGCAUUGUAUACCGAAUAAUUUCGAAGUUUUGUGUUUGACUAGAAUUUGUGAAUAA